AUGGCCCCCAGGAUGACCCAGGCGGACCACUCUGGGAGGUACUUGAUGAAGACCAGAGCCAUGAGGGAGGAGACCAGGAUGAGGAGGAGCAAGGAGGUCAGGGGGAGCAAGGAGGUCAGGAGGAGCAAGGAGGUCAGGGGGAGCAAGGAGGUCAGGAGGAGCAAGGAGGUCAGGGGGAGCAAGGAGGUCAGGAGGAGCAAGGAGGUCAGGAGGAGCAAGGAGGUCAGGGAGGUCAGGGGGAGCAAGGAGGUCAGGGGGAGCAAGGAGGUCAGGGGGAGCAAGGAGGUCAGGAGGAGCAAGGAGGUCAGGAGGAGCAAGGAGGGGAGGGGGAGCAAGGAGGUCAGGAGGAGCAAGGAGGUCAGGGGGAGCAAGGAGGUCAGGGGGAGCAAGGAGGUCAGGGGGAGCAAGGAGGUCAGGGGGAGCAAGGAGGUCAGGGGGAGCAAGGAGGUCAGGGAGGAGCAAGGAGGUCAGGGGGAGCAAGGAGGUCAGGGGGAGCAAGGAGGUCAGGGGGAGCAAGGAGGUCAGGGGGAACAAGGAGGUCAGGGGGAGCAAGGAGGUCAGGGGGAGCAAGGAGGUCAGGGGGAGCAAGGAGGUCAGGAGGAGCAAGGAGGUCAGGAGGAGCAAGGAAAUCAGGAGGAGCAAGGAGGUCAGGGAGGAGCAAGGAGGUCAGGGAGGAGCAAGGAGGUCAGGAGGAGCAAGGAGGUCAGGGGGAGCAAGGAGGUCAGGAGGAGCAAGGAGGUCAGGAGGAGCAAGGAGGUCAGGAGGAGCAAGGAGGUCAAGGGGAGCAAGGAGGUCAGGGAGGUCAGGGGGAGCAGGGAGGUCAGGGAGGUCAGGGGGAGCAAGGAGGUCAGGAGGAGCAAGGAGGUCAGGGAGGUCAGGAGGAGCAAGGAGGUCAGGGGGAGCAAGGAGGUCAGGGGGAGCAAGGAGGUCAGGAGGAGCAAGGAGGUCAGGGGGAGCAAGGAGGUCAGGAGGAGCAAGGAGGUCAGGAAGAGCAAGGAGGUCAGGGGGAGCAAGGAGGGGGAGCAAGGAGGUCAGGAGGAGCAAGGAGGUCAGGAGGAGCAAGGAGGUCAGGGGGAGCAAGGAGGUCAGGAGGAGCAAGGAGGUCAAGAGGAGCAAGGAGGUCAGGAGGAGCAAGGAGGUCAGGGGGAGCAAGGAGGUCAGGAGGAGCAAGGAGGUCAGGGAGGUCAGGGGGAGCAGGGAGGAUGA